AUGAGCCAAGGCAAGCUCACCGGCGCUAAGGUCGCCGAACACAACUCCAAGGACUCAUGCUGGGUCAUUGUACACGGCAAAGCCUAUGAUGUAACCGAAUUCCUCCCAGAGCAUCCCGGCGGCCAGAAGAUUAUCCUCAAAUAUGCAGGCAAAGAUGCGACCGCAGAGUUCGACCCAAUCCACCCACCCGACACGCUGGACAAGUUCCUGGACCAGUCGAAACACCUGGGUGAAGUAGACAUGGCCACUGUCGAGCAGGAGGAGAAGGCCUUCGACCCGGAGGAGGCCGGCCGCCAAGAGCGUAUCUCCCGCAUGCCUUCACUCGCAGCAUGCUACAAUCUGAUGGACUUUGAAGCGGUGGCACGACAGGUCAUGAAAAAGACCGCGUGGGCGUACUACUCCAGUGGAGCAGACGAUGAAAUCACAAUGCGCGAAAAUCACGCGGCCUUCCACAAGAUCUGGUUCAGACCUCGAAUUCUCGUCGACGUCGAGCACAUCGACAUGAGCACAACAAUGCUGGGCACAAAGUGCUCAAUUCCAUUCUAUGUCACCGCCACCGCACUCGGCAAACUAGGACAUCCCGAAGGCGAAGUGGUGCUUACAAAGGCCGCGCACAGACACGAUGUAGUGCAAAUGAUCCCCACAUUAGCCUCGUGCUCGUUCGACGAAAUCGUCGACGCGAAACAAGGUGACCAAGUUCAAUGGCUCCAGUUAUAUGUUAACAAAGACCGCGAGAUCACGCGCAAGAUCGUUGAACACGCCGAAAAGCGCGGCUGCAAGGGUCUUUUCAUUACCGUCGACGCACCCCAGCUCGGUCGUCGUGAGAAGGACAUGCGCUCCAAGUUCUCCGACCCCGGCUCCAACGUUCAGGCCGACGGCGAUGACAUUGAUCGCUCCCAGGGCGCUGCCCGUGCCAUCUCCUCGUUCAUCGACCCCGCUCUCUCGUGGAAGGAUAUCCCCUGGUUCAAGUCGAUCACACGCAUGCCAAUCGUGCUGAAGGGCGUGCAGUGCGUUGAGGACGUUCUGCGCGCCGUCGAGGCCGGCUGUGAUGGUGUCGUACUGUCCAACCACGGUGGACGUCAGCUCGAGACUGCACGUUCCGGCAUCGAGGUUUUGGCCGAGGUGAUGCCUGCGCUCCGCGAGCGCGGCUGGGAGAAGCGCAUUGAAGUCUACGUCGACGGCGGUGUGCGCCGCGCAACCGAUAUCAUCAAGGCGCUUUGUCUCGGUGCUGCGGGUGUUGGUAUUGGACGGCCAUUCCUCUAUGCGAUGUCUGCUUAUGGACUUGACGGUGUCGAUCGGGCUAUGCAGCUGCUUAAGGAUGAGAUGGAGAUGAACAUGCGUUUGAUUGGUGCUCCCACUAUUGCGGAUCUCAAUCCUAGUCUGCUUGAUACCCGUGGUUUGUUGGGUGGCCACUCUGGCGUUGUGCCUUCUGAUACCCUUGGACUUGGUGCUUAUGAUCCCCUCGAGGCACCACGGUUCAAUGAGAAGUCCAAGUUGUAG